CAUCUCCUUCCUCUCUUUCUACCUUCAUUUGUUGACCAUUGUCUUCUUCCUUUCAUAAUAUACACACAAGAACACAACCAGAGAUGCCAUCUCUUCUCCAUCUCCAUCUUCAUCUCUUGCACCAAUGAACCCUAACGCUCUUCUCCUCCUUCUCCUUGCCCUCGCCUUAUCACCAAUCUCUCCAUCCUUCUCCCAAACAGCCUACCAGCGCUUCUCCGAUUGCGCCCCUGUUCCCUUUUCCUGCGGCAAUCUACAUCUCAACAUCUCCUAUCCAUUCCUCAUCGAAGGGCGCUCUUCCUACUGUGGCCUUUCAACCUUCUUUCUCACUUGCUAUGGUACUGAUCCAAAGCUUAUCAUCUCCAUCAAUUACCAGGGUUUCCAAGUUCUUCAUGUUGAUUACGUGAAUAGCGUACUUACCGUCGUCGACCUCUACCUCGCCGAGCAGUCAUGCUCCCAGCCAUUCAGAAACACCACCAUGGAUUUCGUCCACUUUGAAUACACUGAGCUCGAUCGCAACCUCACCAUCUAUACCAAUUGCAGCGUUUUGCCCAAGUCUUUGGUGCCAUUGUAUGAGAUCGCCUGCGCUGUUGGUGUCUUUGGACGCUCGUAUUAUAGACUUGAGAACAGUCCUGGGAUUGAGGCGGUUGGAGGGUGUAACGCCACCGUGCUCGUCCCCAUGAAUCAGACGGUGGCUGAGAUGCUGGUGAGCGGUUCCGACAGCAUGAACUUCUCUAAGGCGGUGAUGGCUGGGUUCACGGUGAGGUGGUUGCCAGGGAUUGAGUGGUGUGGGGAUUGUGUCAGCUCCGGUGGGCGCUGUGGGUUUAAUUCUAGCUCCCCUAUAGAACACACCUGCUUCUGCGCCAAUGCCUCCACCGUUGAUACUUGUUACUCACUUCCUCAAGGGAAGGACAACUCUGCGAAGAAGGUUAUAAUAGGUGUUUGUGCUGGAAUUGGCGGUUUUCUCUUAGCGUCUGCUCUCUGCUUUCUCUGCUAUCGACGUAAGGGGAGACGCCGACACUUCUCAUAUUCAGAUUCUAUCACAGUACCCCCCUAUUCCAAGUCAAUCUCCAGAAAAAUGGCUGAAGUGGAAGUUGGCAAUGGCAGCCCUGCAUAUCCAACUCACUUCUUCUACUACCAAGAGCUCUUAGAGGCUACUGAUUUCUUCAAUGAAUCCAAAGAACUGGGAGACGGUGGUUUCGGCACUGUCUAUAAAGGCAAGCUCAAAGAUGGACGAGCAGUUGCUAUCAAGAGACUAUAUGACAACAGCAACAAAAGAGUGGAACAAUAUGUCAAUGAAGUGAAGAUCCUCUCAGGUCUGCGGCACCAGAAUCUUGUAAGUCUCUACGGCUGCACGUCACCACAGAGCCGAGAACUCCUUCUCGUCUAUGAAUUAGUACCCAACGGCACGGUGGCUGACCACCUACACGGCCCCCGGACAAAAGAAGGAAACCUCUCAUGGCCUGUGCGGAUAAGCAUUGCCAUUGAAACAGCCGAUGCGCUCGCCUACCUCCAUGCCGUUGACCCGCCAAUCAUCCACCGUGAUGUUAAGACCACCAACAUUCUCCUUGACAAAGAAUUUCACGUAAAAGUUGGCGAUUUUGGCUUGUCCAGGCUCUUCCCCAUUGAUGCCAGUCACGUCUCUACUGCACCACAGGGAACUCCAGGAUACGUAGACCCUGAGUACUACCAUUGUUACCAGCUCACUGACAAAAGUGAUGUUUAUAGCUUUGGUGUUGUGCUCGUUGAGCUUAUAUCAUCCAAGCUACCAGUUGACAUCACUAGGGAGAGGAAUGAGAUAAACUUAGCCAGCAUGGCCAUUCACAAGAUCCAAAACUGUGAGUUGGAGCAACUUGUUGAUCCCAGUCUUGGUUUCAUGUCUGAUGUGAGGGUGAAAACUAUGAUCACUUUGGUGGCUGAGCUUGCGUUCAGAUGCUUGCAAAAUGACAAGGAUAUGAGGCCUUCUAUUAAGGAAGUCCUGGAGGUACUUAGAGGGAUUGAGAAUGACAAUGAUCACCGGUUUCUUCCAUCUUCUGAUCCUUCCUCACCUGAUUCAUUGUUUGGUAAAUGCACAAGCAGGUCCACAACUCCUAACACUAGCUGUUAGUAAUGCACAAGGAGUGAAUUUCUAAAUUUGUUUUGGAUAUAUAUAUAUUUUUUUGGUUGUAUGUGAACUAUCAAAGUAAGGGUAUAUAUAUUUUUGAUAAAUUAUCUUUUGAAUCAUUGUAAAUUAAAUCCUAUACUUGAAGAUUACUCAAUGUGUAUUUUUUGUCUUAUUUUUAUUAAAUAUUGAGCUGCUUUAAA